AGCAGUGUAACAUCAAAGGGACCCGAGGACAAGGGCGGCCUCCUCCCCGCCAUCUAACGCACCUUCUCUGAACACAGCCUCCAGCCCUGAGCCUGCUCCUCGCACACCUAUAAAUGCAGCCGGCUCCUCGCUCCACUCACACUCAGGCCCCUGCCUCCUCUCCUCCAGUGACUCCAGCCAUGAGGACCAUCGCCCUCCUCGCUGCCCUUCUCCUGCUGGCCCUCCAGGCCCAGGCUGAGCUUCUCCCAGAAAACAAUGAGGAGGCCCCAGACCAGGAGCAGCCAGGGGAAGAGGACCAGGACAUGGCCAUCUCCUUUGCGGGGGCUGCAGACUCUGCCCCUCAGGAAGCAGGCCUAAGGAAGAACUUGAUCUGUCGCUGCAAAAGAGGGUCCUGUAAUAGUCUAGAACAGUUCCAUGGGUCCUGCCUCCGUGCUGGAAAGCGCUUCAGACUCUGCUGCCGCUGAGCACCCAGGACAGAGAGACCCAAGAGCCUAACUUGCCGUGAGACCUAGGAGGAAACUGUAUCACCCGAUGCCUCCUCCUCUUUUUCCUUUCCUUGUCCCAAUUAAAGUCCUCAUGGCAAGC